CACCAACACAAAAAACUUCACGUGACUGGCCCAUGCAAACAGGACCGUUUUUUUCCUUCAUUGGAUGACAAGCUAGAUGGUGGAGAGUGAGGGAGGUUGGCAGGGCAUUGACAAAGAAGAUGUGAGAGUAUAGAAACUGACAUGCAUAGCAGCAUGCAGCACUGGCUGUGCUAACAGUGGCUAGCAUCUGAAAACUGAUUGCGCAAACAAAGAUGGAGUGAGCACUGACCUUUGGGAUUACCGUGAAGAGGAUGAGGAGUGUGUAUGGGUGGGUGUGUGUUUCCCACUGCAACAGCUGAUUGAAGGCACAGGUAAAUUAUUGACAGCAAGAAAAGGAGCAGAGGGUGCAAAAACCCUGGCCUGCUGUGGGAAUAGAGGGACAACCAGCUUCACUGUAUUGUCACAGUGACCUUCUGACUGAAAGCUGAUACAAAGCUUCCUCUCACAUACACACAUACUGAGACACUCAGUGUGUCUCACCUCACCAGAGUCCACCAGGCUGUGAGCAAGGAGACACAGAGACCGCCGGCACGCGCUCGGAUCACAUGCAGUCAAUCAGCACUUGUCUGGCUUUGCUUAGGUAGUGCUGGUGGUGGUGGCUGUUAGGGAGGUGGAAGUUGCUCAGGUUAGCAACACGCUAACAGCUGUAAAAUAUGGAGCCUCUGGAGGAAUACCACUCUCCAUUUGACUUUGAACAAGGAGUCAACACCAGCUACUUGUACCUCUCCCCAGCCUACAGCGACACGCCACCCAGCUCCCCAGCUGUCAAAACCAGAGGUUCCCAGCUACUUUCAGACUCUGUUCCAGAGGUGGGAGAAGAUGCGGUGACGAGCGUCGCUCCCUCCAGCCCUUCCCCUCCUGCCAUGACUGAGGAGGAGCGACUGGAGCUGCAGCAAGAACUGGCCAAGGUGGAGGAUGAGAUCCAGACUCUGACCCAGGUGUUGUCAGCCAAGGAGAAGCAGGUGGCGGACAUUAAGAGGAAGCUAGGCAUCACACCUCUCAACGAGCUGAAACAAAACAUCAGCAAAACCUGGCAGGGGGUCACCACCUCCAAUGCCUACAGAAGGACAUCUGAAACAAUAUCUCAGGCGAGUCUAAAGGCCACGGCAGCGCUCUCCACUGUGGGCUCAGCUAUCGGCCGGAAGCUCGAGGAUGUCAGCAUGUGCUCAUUACAACACUCGACUAGCAUGCCUGUGAUAAGGAAUGCGCCGACUUUUAAGUCAUUUGAAGAGAAAGUGGAGACUUUGAAGACCAAGAUGACUCCAUCCACAUCCACUGGUACACUGGGCGCUCAGGACGCCAGCGGCAGCAGCGGCGGUGCUCCGGCAGACGAGUCCACACCAAACCAGCAGGAGGACUCCACCACUGACGAGACACCGAUGCAAUGACCCCCUGCAGCCGGACCCUCCUCACCAACACCCCCCAUUUGACCCUGUAACCCCUGAACUGUCUCUAAACUCUUGUGUGCCAGUGUCCUUUUCACUGGAAACAAGUGACUUCUUCCCCAACCUUUGUCUUCUAACUGUGUGGCUUUUUUUUUUCUUUGACGCAUGCACACACUUGGUAUGGAAUGAAAGUCUGGGAUGGGACAGGAGGGGGCCGUGUGGUUUGGUGCCGAUAAUGUCUUCAAGUCUUUUUUUUUUCUGUUUGCCUUGUGUUUCGUUCUUUUCUCUUUGUUUCUCUGCCUUUGUCGAACUAGCAAAGCUCAGAUGCCAAACAUGGGCUCCAAUUUUUUUAUUAUUAUUUGUCACAAAAACUGUUUGAAAUUGAUUUAAUUUGAAUAACAUAGUACAGAACAUUUAAUGAAAUAAUUCAGACUUAGUUACAGGAUAUUCUUUUGACGUGAACAAGGCAGUUGGUUUAUUGCUUCUAUAGUUUUUUUAUAUAUAUAUGUAUAUAUAUAUAUAUAUAUAUAAACUAACUACCAUUUUGGGGCCCAUCUGGUUUCCAUUACUAUGUUUUUUGCAUGCAUAAAAGGUCAUAAUGUAGUCUUAACACUGUGUCAAGGGUAUGAAUGUAGAUCUAUGUGUGUCCUAUAGGUGCAGCACUUUAACCCAUAAUCAGAUUAAUCAAACUAUAUAUUAUAGCUUCAGUUUUCAUGGCUGCAGUAACAAAACACCCAAAGCUGGCAUUGUGGUACCCACCUCAGUACAAAAACCACCAUCACGUUUUUCCCAUUGUAGGAUCUGACAGGAAAAAAAGAAAAACGUAUGACCUCCGAACAAAGAUAGUUACAGGAAAACAGCCAAGCUCAGCAUAACAGAGGCAGAGCAAACACACACACUUAGUGGAGGUUCAGCCUUGAACCCUGGGUGAGAGUGAAAUAAAUGUGUCUCUCUUCCACAGCCAGAGUCAAUAUUUGGACACUUGUUCAUUGUUUUCUGUCGGGAAGGUAACACCUAGAGAGCAACUCCCUCCUCGUAAGACGACACUUGUAAAGAAACUCCACUGGAUGUUCUCUUGUGUAACAAUAGAGGAGAAUAAAGUAUUUCAGAC